UCAUAGAAAAUUGUCGAAAAUAAUUCAUUUUUAUUACAAUGACUUUGCUUGUACGUAAUAUUUUAAAUUUGAGAAGCAGUCCAUCAAAUGUCGUCUGUCGUAAAAAUAUUUACACUACUCGACAUCUUUCCUCGGAAAUGUUGCUGGUGCAUCGAGACAGUAAAGAAAAUAACUCUAAAAUACCAUUUCAAUUUACUGAAGCUAAUAUGAAGAGGAUCCAAGCCAUCGUGCAGAACUACCCGGAAGGUUCACAAAUGUCUGCCAUAUCGAUGGCAAUGGACAUCGUCCAGAGACAAAUUGGUUGGAUCCCAAUAUCGGCCAUGCACAAAGUCGCGGAACUCCUUAGCAUGCCUAGAAUGAGGGUCUAUGAAUGGGCUACCUUUUAUACUAUGUGUAAAAGGGAAUAUAGAGGAAAAUUCAACGUGAAGGUUUGUAAAUCCCUGCCAUGUAUGUUGCGAGGGUCUGACUUCAUAAUUCGAGCGGUCGAAGAUGCCACUGGCUGCUGUGCCGGCGGCCUGUCUGGUGACAAGAUGUUUGGAGUGGACCUCGUUGAGUGUCAGGGAGCCUGUGCCAAUGCCCCCGUCAUAGCUAUCGAUGAUGAUUAUUAUGAGGACUUGACAGUCUGUGAUGUGUACAAUAUAAUUGAGAAGUUGAGAUGUGGCGACAUACCGCCGUCUGGACCUCAGGGUGGUAGAUACGCAGCUGAGCCUUGUUGUGGCCUGACUUCACUCCUGACGUGUCCACCACCACCAGGGUACUGCCUCCAGGAAGCAUUACGCCAAGAAAAGAAAGGUGAUGGCUGCAAUAAGUAAACAAGUAAACUUGUUGGUGUUCUA